GGAAGCUGUAUUCGCUUAUUUUACAUAAUUACCACAUGGUGGAAUUUCUGGUCAGUUCCCUGCUAAUUAGUCACUGCUGAGGAGGCUGAUUGGCCGGUAACCGCCAGGGACUUGCUGGAUUUCGGGGGGCUAAUCAGGAUGCUCUUUCAUGGGGGCGGGGGUGGGGGGCACCUUUAAGACCAAGGCCCUGCGGUCAGGACAUCUGGUCACCCCCAGAUUGAGUCUAAUUCCUGGUUCUUCGCGUUGUUGGGUGUUGUUUGGCCAAUGAUCCGGUAAUUGCUAAUCACUCGUCAGUUAUUUCUGUAAUGAGGCGCCCGUCAAUUAAUAGUGGAGCGGUAACGAAUAGGGGCUAAUUUCAGGCCUGGUGAGUUCUUGGUCCAGCUCGGUGAGCAACGGAAAGACCAGGUUGGCCCCAGUGAUCUCGUUAAUGUAGGGACUGGGCCGUUGUUCCCGUCAAUAUGAUUGAAAUCAGUGCUUAGUUACUUUAAUUAGAUUGAUUGGUUUACUUUAAUGAGCUCUCUCUGUUCUUUGGGGGACAAGAACUGUUGCUGUACGCCAGGAGCCAGGACUCCUGGGUUCUAUUCCUGUCCCUGGGAGGGGAGUGGGGUCUAGUGGUUAGAGCAACGGAGCUGGGAGCCAGGACUCCUGGGUUCUAUCCCUGGCCCUGAGAAGGGAGUGGGGUUUAGUUGUCACCCCUCCAAUCGGUGACAUUUCUCCAUUUGUCUGUGACGCGAUGAUCUUUGAACGCUGCAUCCAACCGAGUCCAGAAUGUCCGGAAACAUGGCGGGCGUUGGUGGAAAGGACCCCAUCUGUUGGGGUGAAACCCAGAGACCCAACAAUCCCCUCACACUGACAACCUGCCCAGCGCCCGGCCAACAUCGGGUACAACGGCUGGGACCCCAGAGCGAGCCGAUGGUUUUAGGGAAAAGUGGUUUAUGACCAUUAAUAUUGCUAAAAAUUAGAAAACCAGCAACAGCUCUUCUACAGUCGCUCCCUGACUUACGCAAGUGUCCGUUCCAGAACGCUGUGCCUAACUCGAAUUUUGCGUCAAUCGGAAACGUAUACCUGACCAUUACACCCCAAAACCCUCCUGUUUCUAGCAUACAGAGCUUUUUCCGCAAGUGCGGAUUUGCGUAAAUCGGGUUUGCGUAACCCGAGGGGGCAUCUGGACUUAGAGCUCUAAAGGUACCUGGGUUGAUGGUUCGUGUGCUCCGAUACCACCGUGUCGUACCUUACGCAAAUAUGCCUCACCGAGCUCCGGCGUUCACGGUUCUAGUUCCCCGGCCACGUUGCUCUUCCACUCAUCCACAACAAGGAUUGGUUGAUAAACCUCAAAGACUGUGGGCUGGAACCGAACUAACGAGGAUUCAUAGAGGUGACAGCCAGUGGACACAUUAGAUCAUCUAGUUUGGAUCACAAGCCAUUCAGUUUACCCAGUGUCUCUGUAUUUAGCCUUAAUAACAUGCAUUGGACUAGAGUAUUUUCCAGUCUGGAUUUGAAGAGCUCAGGAUAUGGAGAUGCCUCUUCCCUCGGCUGUUUGGGCCAAUGGUUUUCUUCUGGAAUUGGGGCUGUCUUUCCAAUCGGAAUUUGGCUGCCUGCUGCGUUCAGCUGUUGGUUUGAGUUCUGCCUUUUUCCACUAGAUUACAGAGCCCUUCAGUACUGGGUGUUGGGAUGUAGCCGUCAUUGGAGAAGGUGGAAGAAUGGACAACGUUCUUCUAAAAAAUGGGGUUCUCCAACGCUCCGUCCUCUGGGCAUUGGCUGAGCUGAGGAGGCCCCUAGGUAGGAGUGCGAAGAUCUGAUUUUGAAUUUUACGGUUCACUGUCCAUCCUGCCCAGGACCAACAAGCGACGAGCAGCAACCAAAGCAAAGGGUCAAUCCGUGUGCCAUCGAUGGCGUCUGCAGACCAAGGAUGUGCUGCGUGCCAUUACCCAGGUGGUGGAAGCCAGUGCCUGGUGUCACAAGGAGAGCACCAGAGGCUAGUUCAUGCCAUGGAGAUGGCCCUCCAACAGUAGCAGCAGGGGGACUGUUGUUGCCACGCCACGACCUGUGCCUUGGAGACACUGGCCAAAUGCACCCAUCAGUUGGUGGCACAGUGAGCGCGCCAUGGAGACCUCUCUCCAAUGCCAGUGGCAGCUGCAGGGUGCCCACCGGCGCCAGGCUGUUGCUCGCACAAUGGAAACGAUGCUACAAAGCCAGCGGCAUCUCCUGGAAGAUCAAGAGCGUCAUGCCAUUGCCUGCGCCACGGAAACGAAGCUCCACCAUGAGCAACAUCUUCUGGAAGACCAAGAUGGCUGCGUCGUGGAAAUGUCGGCCGAAGGCGCCGAUAGAUUGGUGCCACAGGGAGAACAUUGCUUAAAUGGCCGCUCCGUGGGAACCUGGCCCAUUACUCACUUACGGCGGCAAGCAGCCAGAUGUGAUCAGGAAGAGGUCGCCAAUGCGGAUCCGUCUUGACUUGAUCGCACGGCAGUAGGGUGCAGCGAAGGCCGGGGAUGUUGGGAACGAUUUCUAGGAGUGGUCGGAGCCAGGGGCUCUUGGAAGCAGCACAGGCAAUAAGCCAUUUGCACUUAACUCAGGGGGCUGGCCAAGCCCGGGGCUCAUUAGCCAACUUCGCAGUGCCAACGGCCGUGCUGAUUUUCAGUAGGGUUGUGCCACUCACUGCUGCCUAGAGCCUCCCGGCAGCAUCAGAGUGGAUGGGCUGCAGCGUUCCGGAAAGACGGACAAGCAGCCGCUUGGGGUUGGAUAACGCCCGGCCUCCAUAAGCGAAGAAAUGCACAACCCUCUAGUUUCCAAAUCACCAGUCAAAUAUUUUGUGGUCUCAGGCUCCCCGGGGGGACGUGGGGCUGACAAUUUGGGGUUCAGACCCCCUUACGGCAGCUGUCCCCGUGGGCCGGCCAGCCCGGGCGCCCCAGGCCAAGGACCCCUCGGUGGCGGGGCCAGCCAUGCCCCCCAACAAGGAGUCGCCAGGCAACCCCGGCUCGCCGGCAGCCCUCAUCUGCCUGCCGCCCAUCUCAGAGGACCUGCAGCUGGUGUGGACCCAGGCGUCCCAGACCAGCGAGCUGGACGGCCACCAGCCGCUGCGCCAGGCCUUCAGCUACUUCCCUUACCCCAGCCUGGCCGACCUGGCGCUGCUUUGCCUGCGCCACGGCCUGCAGCUGGAGAAGGUCAAGGCCUGGUUCAUGGCCCAGCGGCUGCGCUGCGGCAUCAGCUGGAGCGCCGAGGAGAUCGAGGAGACGCGGGCGCGGCUGGCCUGCCGCCAGGACCGCCCGGCCUUCGGGGCCCUGCUGGCCCCCGGCGACCCCCUGCCGCAAACUGGCAAGGCCCCGGGAGGCAGGGAAGCCCCCGCGGCCGCACACCACAAAGCCAAGCCCCAGGAAUCCUCAGGGAGCUGUUCGGCUGUGGCCCGGGGGCCCCCAGAGCCGGGGAGAGCUUCCACAGCCUCCCACCCCAAAGCCAAAGAGACGCUGACGCCGCCCCCCAGCCUUUUCCCCACGCCGCCUCCUCCGUGCCGGGCCUGGGCGGAUCCUCCGGCCGGCGCCAGCCACCCGGACACCGCCUGGGACCUCAGCAAACCCUGCCGGCUGGGGGCGGCCGACACCGCGCCGCCCUCCUCCGGAGCCACUGUCAAUGGGGCUGAGGCGUGGGCCCGGCCCGGCCACCCCCACAGCACCCUGGAGGCCCAGCGGCAGCGGAAGAGCCGGCGGAAGAGCAAGGAGCAGCUGGCAGUGCUGAAGUCAUUCUUCCUGCGGUGCCAGUGGGCGCGGCGGGAGGAUUACCAGUGGCUGGAGCGGAUCACCGGCCUGCCGCGGGCAGAGAUCAUCCAGUGGUUCGGGGACACCCGCUACGCCCUCAAGCACGGGCACCUGCGGUGGUUCUGGGAUAACACCGUGCCCCCCGCUGCUGCCCUGGAGCCCGGGCCCCGCACGGACACGGGCCCGCUGGAGCGGUACUGGGCCGCCCGGCAGCAGCUGCGCCAGGACGACCUGCCGGCCCUGUGCCGCGAGUCGGGCAUGGGGGCCCAGCAGGUGCUGAACUGGUUCUACUCCCGCUCGCCCGAGCCGGCCGAGGUGGUGGUGUGCCUGGGCGAGGAGCCCGAGGACGAGGACGAGGAGGCCGGGCUCAUGGUGCAGGACGACGGGGAGGAGGAGGACGACGAGCCGGAGGAAGAGGACCUGGGCACCCAGGAAUGAGGAGCUUCGGAGCCUCCCCGGGGAGGGCGGGGUUGGGGGGAGCCGACUCGUGCACUGGGGCCCUGUUCUGUCUAGUUCCUCCCUCUGUUCUAGAACCCAGAUCUGGGUCCUGCAUCUAGUCCCCCCUCCCUCUUCCGUUCCUGGGCCCCACAUCCCCCCCCCCGCCUCUCCCCAGUUCUAGAACCCGGGUCCUUCUCCCUUUCUGUUCUGGAACUUGGUAUCACGCAGUUCUGCUCCCUAGAUCAUUGUUCUAAUUCGCUCUCCAUGCCUCAGGAUCCAGGUCUGGGUUUGUCCGUCCCCCCUCGUCUUGGUACUCUAGAACAAAGUACUGGCUCCUCCCUGUUCUAGAAUCUAGGGCCUUGGUUCUCCUCCUCCUCUGUGUUCUAGACUCCCAAUCAGGCCCUGGUCCCCUUCCUCUGCUAGAACAGAGGGACACCCUCAAACUCUGCCACAGGCCCUAGAACCUGGAGCUCUUGAGCUAGAACCCAGGUGUCCAGUUCCCUCUACCAUGCUCUAGAACCCAGAUACCAUUUCACUCCUGGUCCCCUACUCUAGAACCUAGGUUCUCUGGUUACAGGUUUGUGCUCUAGAACCCUGUACCUUCCGACUAGAUUUCUGGAUUCAGGUAUGCUCCCUUCUCCAGACUUCCCUCACCUCUCCCCUCCUUCAGGCACCUCUGUUUCUAGAGUCUGCCUUGGUUCGUCCCUCCCCCCUUCUAGAUCACGUUAAGGCCCUGUCUCCCAGAGAGACACGUGUGGCGGGAACUGGCUGGGGGCAGCAUCUGGCCUGGUCUGUGGGGGGCUCCCUGGGUUUGGUUUUACAAACUGGGCAGGAGAAACCGGGGCGGUGGAGCGGGCGGGGGGCGGCCUUUCCCUGGCGGUGUUGGUCCUUUCUGGAGUCGUUAAUUUAUAAUGCCCGGCUGGCGCGAGUUAAAGCGAGGUUUGAAGUUGACUCCCACGCCUGUGGCCUGUGUCUGCUUGGGGGGGGGAGGGGAUGGGGAGGGGUCCCUGGUGCUCAGUGGGGGUGGGUCGCCCGUCUCCCCUUCCUCUCUCCUCUGGGUUCCCCGUCACUCGUUUCUUCCUCUCCUCCCUCAUUUCCUCUUCCCCACUCCCUCCUUCAGCGCCCG